CCCCUCUUCAGUUCCCCUUCCCCGCGGCAGCUGCAGCCGUGCUGCGACCUCGCUCGCGGAGCCCCAAGGAAUGGCGGCCCUGUGAUUCGCUGCCGCGCGUAGCUUCGCUGGUUCCGGGAGCAGCGGCCGCAAUGGCGGCGGUUCUGGCUCUGGCUCUGGCGCUGGCGGUGCUGGCGGCCGCGCCCGCGCCCGCGGCGGCGCUCAACACGGACGGGCUGGCGCUGCUGGCGCUCAAGUUCGCGGUGUCCGACGACCCGGGGGCCGCGCUCGCCACGUGGCGGGACGCGGACGCCGACCCCUGCGGCUGGGCGGGGGUCUCCUGCGCCGACGGCGGCGGGGGCCGCGUCGCGGGGGUGGAGCUCGCCAACGCCUCGCUCGCGGGGUACCUCCCCUCCGAGCUCUCGCUGCUGUCCGAGCUCCAGGAGCUCUCGCUGCCCUACAACCGCCUGGCGGGCCAGAUCCCGGUCGCCGUCGCCGCGCUGCAGAAGCUCACCACGCUCGACCUCGCGCACAACCUCCUCUCCGGGCAGGUUCCGGCCGGGAUCGGGCGGCUCGUGUCGCUGGCCCGGCUCGACCUCUCCUCCAACCAGCUCAACGGGUCGCUGCCCCCGGCGAUCGCGGGGCUCCCGCGGCUCUCCGGCGUGCUCAACCUCAGCUACAACCACUUCACCGGCGGGAUCCCGCCGGAGUACGGCGGCAUCCCGGUGGCGGUCAGCCUGGACCUCCGCGGGAAUGACCUCGCCGGCGAGAUCCCGCAGGUGGGGUCGCUCGUCAACCAGGGGCCCACCGCCUUCGACGGCAACCCGCGGCUGUGCGGCUUCCCGCUCAAGGUCGAGUGCGCCGGCGGGGUGAAGGACGAGCCCAGGAUACCGGAGGCGAACACCGGCAUGAGCGACCCCGGCGCGGCGGCGGAGGUGGGGAGGAGGCCGCAGAAGCGCAGGUCGUCGCCGGCGGUGCCCAUCCUCGCCGCCAUUGUCGUGGUGGCCAUCGUGGCCGGCGUCGUGCUGCAGUGGCAGUGCAGGAGGCGGUGCGCCGCGGCGGCCAGGGACGAGGACAAGGAGUCGGCCAAGGAGAAGGGCGGGGCGGUCACGCUCGCCGGCAGCGAGGACCGGCGCAGCGGCGGAGGGGAGGAGGGGGAGGUGUUCGUCGCGGUGGACGACGGGUUCGGGAUGGAGCUGGAGGAGCUGCUGCGGGCCUCCGCGUACGUCGUCGGGAAGAGCCGCGGCGGCAUCGUGUACAGGGUCGUCCCGGGCCGCGGCCCCGCCGUCGCCGUCCGCCGCCUCAGCGAGCCCGACGACGGCGACAGCGACGGGUCCGGCGGCUGGCGCCGGCGCCGCGCGUUCGAGGCUGAGGCUGCCGCCAUCGGCCGCGCGCGCCACCCCAAUGUCGCCCGCCUCCGCGCCUACUACUACGCCCCCGACGAGAAGCUGCUCAUCUACGACUACCUCCCCAAUGGCUCCCUCCACUCCGCACUCCACGGUGGCCCGACGGCGUCGCCGACGCCAUUGCCGUGGUCCGUGAGGCUGUCCAUCGUGCAGGGCGCGGCGCGGGGUCUGGCGUACCUGCACGAGUGCAGCCCGCGGCGGUACGUGCACGGCUGCAUCAAGUCCUCCAAGAUCCUGCUCGACGACGAGCUCCGCGCGCACGUGUCCGGGUUCGGCCUCACCCGCCUGGUCGCCGGCGCGCACAAGACCGCCGCGGGCAACUCCAAGAAGCUCGGCAGCGCCGCGUGCGCGCUCCGCGGCGGCGCCGUGUCGUACGUGGCGCCCGAGCUCCGGGCCCCCGGCGCCGCCCCUUCCGCGGCCGCGACGCAGAAGGGUGACGUGUUCGCGUUCGGCGUCGUGCUGCUGGAGGCCGUGACCGGGCGCGAGCCGACGGAGGGCGAGGGCGGCAUGGACCUGGAGGCCUGGGUGCGGCGCGCGUUCAAGGAGGAGCGGCCGCUGUCGGAGGUGGUCGACCCGACGCUGCUCGGCGAGGUGCACGCCAAGAAGCAGGUCCUGGCCGUCUUCCACGUCGCGCUCGGGUGCACCGAGCCCGACCCGGAGAUGCGCCCGCGCAUGCGCGCCGUCGCCGAGAGCCUCGACCGGAUCGGCUGACCCCGGCGACGACGGGCCGCCGGCGGCCGCCACUGAUCAACUAGGUCCAAUCCAACGCAUAAAGACUCGGUGUAUGUCCUGUAGAUUAGCAGCAAGCAAUGUGGAUUUAGAGGAGACGGUAAACGUAGGCAAGAAUCAUCUGGUCCGGUAGUGAAUCUGAAUCGCUCAACGUUAGCAGCAGCUGCAGCCUUUGCAGCCAUGCUUACUUUGGAAUCUUUUGUGGCAUUCUGUAGCUCAUGAUCUUGAUCCCUUCCAAAGCAAUUCUGUUACCAGAAAUUUUCUAUC